AUGUACGAAGGGAUUGACAACCUAAAAUCCCUUUACGACCGUGCCGGGAAGACUUUCUCCGGCGGUCCUUCUGCGGCACAGGAUGUGCCGCGUCGUACUGCUCAACCAGACCCAGUACGUCAACCAUCAGUUGGGAGCGGGGCUCCCAAGUAUCCCAGGACGGGGGAUAGCCGCGCCACCGGACGAGAUAACUCGUCCGACGUCCGUUCACGUCGCGGUGGUUCAACAGCUGCUCAACUAGAUAGCGCUGGCCACCGCGAGAGUCCUCUAAUGGAGGUGGUGGAGGAGGAAAGACGCUCUCCACACGACCAUGUGGAUCGGUGUGUUCCUGAGAGCUUCUUUGAUAGCGUAACGCAAGGGUUACGCGACGAUCUCGAGCAUGAGCGGAAUAGGCGUCUCCAAAUGGCGGACACUGCCUCGAAGCAUCGAGCUGAGUUUGCCUUUGCUCAGCUUGAGAACGAGAGAUCUCUGACAUCUCUUCGUGACGAGCUAAGGGUAGCUCGUGGGAUUGUUGAUCGGUCUCGGGCUGAGAUAACUGCUCUUCAGACCCUUGUUGAUGCCCACCAUCGGGAGCACAAGGCUCUCUGCGAGAUGCUUGAGCGCAAGGGCGUUCUUCAUCGGAAGAAGCAGCGUACUGAUGGUACGGCUUAA